AUGCCAUUCAUUUUCGCCAUGUUUGAAGUCUUUGCCAUCAUAUUUACUUUAAUAGCCAUGUUUGCUUUAGUCUACAAGAAAACAAGGCAAAUUAUCCUGUGCUCGCUUCUCAAUAUUCUGAUUGAUGUUUUCUACAAGCGAAUAAUAGCUGAUAAAAGCCGUCCAGGUAUGUGCAUGGUAACAAAAUAUAUUUUGUCUUGAAUUCAGUAACAGCCAGUCGUAGUAUAGACUACGAGUAGUCCCCCAUUUUUCCUCAGGGAUAGUAGAGCGAGGGAAACGCGAGCGCCCGUGAAAAUCACCCCACGCGAGAAAGGCGAGACGCGGUGCGUGUCGCCUUUUCUCGCGUGGGGUGAUUUUCACGCGCACUCGCUUUACUAUCCCUGAGGACAAAUUGGGGACUACUCGUAGUCUAUUUACAUACCUUCUUGAAAAUUAUUGUCCGGCAUAACCAUACAGAAAGGACUUCUGUUCACACGCAGGAACGGUUGUGACAGAGCGAAGCUGCGCCGGGCCGAUCACAAAAAGUGGAGCGCGCGAAAAGCUAUCCUGUGUCGUGCGUAUAGCCUAAAUAUUGUUUGAGUGAGCCCUUUCAGUGCUGUAAUUAAAAAUGAAAAUGAAAAUGAUCCUAGUUUUGCCGAUCAAAGGCGCGCAUCAUCAGGGAUAGGAGGAGCUAUACUUGUAUUAAAAUAGUCUCUAAAAAGAAAGGACUGCAAGCUCACUGCAUUUCUCACGGAACUUGAGGGUUGGUUUGUACUUGCCUGUAUAAAAUGCCUCACCGGUACAGGCGUAGAUUUGCAGGGACAUUUUCGUUCACAAUAAUCUUGCCUUCGAUGCCUUUAAGAUAGUCAUUAGUGAUGUAAGACUAAAUAUGUUUUCACAGAGGAGUUUUCUAUAUCUCUCUCCAUGCAAGUUCUUGACAAAUUUCUUGUCUACCAGUUUGGGUAAAUUUGUUCAGAAUCAAGACAACAGCUUAUCAUUAGCGGUGAUUUAAUUCAUUCUCAAGACGUGUAAUUUAUCAUGAUUUACCACCAAGCAACGAAACUAAAUAUAGAAUCUGAUACUAGGUUUUAUAGUAAAGUGACAAAAAGUCGCGUGCACUUCGUACCUAAGUUAUUUCGGUUUUGUUUAAACAUGUUUUCUUUUUACUGAAACAGCCGUGUUCAAGAAUUAUCUUCAGAUGUUUCCAUGGUUGUAUCAGCUAGAAGCUAACUGGGAAGCUAUUCGAGAUGAGCUGAUUUUGUUAGUGAAAAAUGGCGCUGGAAUGUGCAACGUACACACAACUGGUGGCAGCGAGCUCAAUACAGAAAGCAAAUGGAAACUGGCGAUGAUUUUAGGCUACGGCAAAACCAUAGACGAGGUUAAGUCUUUUUUUCCUGUCACACUCUCCAUAUUAACAAAGCUUCCUGAAGUUCAAAAUGCUGCAUUUUCACUUCUGAAAGCACGAGGAUCAAUUCCGCCGCACUGUGCGUCUACAGCGUCUAUUCUUCGCUAUCAUCUGGCGUUGAUUGUACCAGACAACGGGAAACGUUCAUGGCUGACAGUAAAUGGCGCUGAUGUACCAUGGAAAGAGGGAAAAGGGAUCUUGUUCGACGACACUUUUGAACAUUCUGCUUGUAAUGGUUCAGAAAAGGAUCGCGUUGUGCUAAUUGUUGACAUUAUUAGACCAAACCUGGGACGUGUAGAUGGAAUGAUUUAA